AUGUCUCUGUCAACUCAGCAGCCGUACGGCUAUCCAUCAACCCACCAGCAAGCCUCUGGAAUGACAGGCAGCCUUGCCUAUCCCUCCUCCGUUUCGGCACCGUUACCGUCUCCAGGACUGGUUUACGGUUCCUCCUCCAGCUCAUCCCAGCUUAGCGGUGGUGGAUACGAUGCCUACUCCCAACCAUCCUUCUCUUCGCAGUACGUCUCGUAUUUGCCACCGUCUCUGCACGAUUCUAGGUUCUACCCUCUCAAUCCGUUCGAGAUCAAGCAUCGACGUCGUACGACAAAGACGCAAUUUCGAGUGCUCGAAUCGACGUUUCGAGAGGUUCCGAAACCCAAUGCCACGUUGAGGAAGCAGAUCAGUGCGCAACUCGACAUGCCGGUGAGGGCGGUACAGAUCUGGUUUCAGAAUCGGAGGGCCAAGGCAAAGGCGAUGGAGAAAAAGAGGACUGGUGGUGGUGGUGGGAAUAUCAGCGGUAGCAGUGGAGAGGUGGCCGCGGCAGGGACGUCGGCGGGGGUCGAGAGAGCAAAGGUGCAGUCGAGCGGGAUGACCGGUAGCGGUCACCUCGGAUACAACGAGGCGGGGGAGCAGAGGUACUACGAUGAAGGUUUGCGUGGUGGCGCAGGAGCUACAGCAUCAGCAGGCUUUGAUCACGGUAGCAAUCGUCCCACGAGUCGAUCAAUGGAUCUCCCACCGCUUCGAAACGUCGAUCAGCUGCGCAGCGGAGACAACUACACCACCACCACCGCCUCUUCCACAACAGCACCCGCCUUGCCUCCCAUCGAAUCUCGCGACAGAAGACCUCCGUCACUUGCUUCGUCCAUGACCAUGCAUCCGGCUUCUACCUUGAGCCUCGCAAGCGGUAGCGCCAGCGGUGCCCCCAGUCACGCAACAUACUCCGACGAUCAAGCUGGGAUCCCGCGCGCCAGUGUCGCUCACACCGGCUUACCCGGACCUGCAGCCAUCACCGGUAUGACGAACGACGACACGCACCACACCGCAAGCGGCAGUCUGCUCGCUGUCGGCGGCCUGCCAUCCAGCUCUGCUCGACCCGCUUCGAGGAUGCCAAGUCUGGCACCACCAGCCCUCCCGAGCCCUUCGUCGAGGUCGUUCACCGAGGAUCACCCCAACCGCUUCUGGUCGAGCACUCAACAAUGA